AUGGAUGGUUUUUAUUCCUCCGCGGAAAGGGAGGCUGUGAUCAAUGACACCAGGAGCAGGAAGAGCUGGGCGGAGGAAGGCAACUCCACGUUGUCCUUCCGCGGGGUGACAGCUGCCUUGCUUCUCCUUCUCAUCCUCUCCACGCUCCUGGGCAACACCCUGGUGUGCGUGGCCGUCGUCAGGUUCAGCCACUUGCGCUCUAAGGUCACCAACUUCUUUGUGAUCUCCUUGGCGGUGUCUGACCUCUUCGUGGCUGUCCUGGUGAUGCCUUGGAAGGCUGCCACCGAGGUGGCGGGGUUCUGGCCCUUCGGGGCUUUCUGUGAUGUUUGGGUGGCUUUUGAUAUCAUGUGCUCCACGGCCUCCAUCCUCCAUUUGUGCAUCAUCAGCGUGGAUCGCUACUGGGCCAUCUCCAGCCCCUUCCGUUACGAGAGGAGGAUGACACAGCGCGUGGCUUUCGUCAUGAUCGCGGUGGCUUGGCUGCUCUCCCUCUUGAUUUCCUUCAUCCCCGUGCAGCUGAAGUGGCACAAGGACCGUGAGCUCCAUGGGGAGCAGGAGCUGGGUGUGAACAGCACCAGGGAGGAGGAGAGCUGUGAUUCCAGCCUCAGCAGGACUUAUGCCAUCUCAUCUUCUCUUGUUAGCUUCUACAUCCCCGUUGCCAUCAUGAUCGUGACGUACACCCGCAUCUUCCACAUUGCCCGGCGGCAGAUCCGCAGGAUCUCCUCCCUGGAGAGAGCCGUGGAACAUGCCCAAAGCUGCCACAGCAGCAACUGCCCUCACGGAGCCUCCCUGAAGAACUCCUUCAAGAAGGAGACCAAGGUCCUCAAGACCCUCUCCGUCAUCAUGGGUGUCUUUGUCUUCUGCUGGCUGCCUUUUUUCGUGCUCAACUGCAUGGUGCCCUUUUGUGAUCUCGACCUCCACGAGCCAGGAGAGCUGCCUUGCGUCAGCGAGACCGUCUUCAGCAUCUUUGCCUGGUUUGGCUGGGCCAACUCUUCCCUCAAUCCCAUCAUCUACGCCUUCAACGCAGAUUUUCGGAGAGCCUUCGCAACCCUCUUGGGCUGUGCCUACCUUUGCCCCAGCAACGCGGUGGAGACGGUGAACUUCAGCAACGAGCUGGUCUCCUACCACCACGACAGCACCUAUCAGAAGGAAAUGGUGACCCUUAGCUCCCCCCAGCUUCUCCCCCAUGCUGCUCCACAGCUGGAAUACAAUGAGGUGUCCUUCGACAAGGUUUCUCAGCUCUCCUCUCACAGCACCUGCCCUGCAGCGAUGCACGUGGAGCACGAAGUGGCUGUCUCGCUGGAGAAGAUUACACCUUUCACCAGCAAUGCCAUGGAUUGA